GGACUCAUCAGAAGCCACAAAUAUUUAGAUCUGGAUAUUUGAGGAAUAAGGUUAUCACGAUUAUCUUAACUAUGAUGUUACGCUACUUUCAUCUUUCGAUGUAGAUGAAUUGUAGCCUUUAUCAUCUCAUGGUGGGGGCUUCACCACCAUGACUUUGGUGAUAGUAGGCGCCACCUCCAUCCUCAUGUUCUUGGUGUAGCCUCACUUCCUUAUGUUGUUGGAGAAGCGCUACCUGGGUCUCCUAUUGCUGGUGGUAGGGCCAAUGCCUGAGGCUACAGCUGGCGUCGUCCCAGCAGGCCGUGUACCGCCUCCCACCCCCGGGGCGAGAGAGCAGAGGAGGUAGGCAAGUCGCGUGAGGAGCUCAGUCGGCCGUAGGAGCUCCUGGAAAACACAAGCAGCAGCUCCGCGCUACAACCCCCUUCACCUACUGCACUCGCAACGUCAGUUGCCUCUAAUCAGCGCUUGACGAACGAUCCCAUUGGGCCUAUAGGCAGCGAUGUGGCGUGCAGUUUUUCUUGUGAUGGUGGGCUUGGCCAUCGUGGCAGCUGGUCCGCUCUCCCGCCAGGUGGGCAUCUCUGACAACAUCGCCGUCACCCUCAGGAACAACACCCAAGUCUGUAUCCUCGACAAGAUAGAGUACGAGGAUGGAGAGUAUCUACCGACGGCAGAUCCUUGUGAAGAGUGUCAGUGCAGGCCGCCGGGGUUUGCUUGCACGGUAAUAGGUUGUGAGUACAAGCCUGGCUGUCGAGCCAUCCAACGAGAUGACAGGUGCUGCCCAGAGUACCGAUGUGACUGCCAGAAAGACGGUGUGGUAUACCUGACAGGCGAACGAGUGGAAGAUCCAAGUAACCCAUGUGAGACUUGUUAUUGCUCGGGCGGGGAGAUCGUGUGUUCUGUGAUUCCGUGUGUGUGGAGGGAUGACUGUGAAGGCCGCCACACUGCUGGCGUCUGCUGCCCAUCCUACGACCAUUGUAGUCAAGAUUCCCCAACUGAAGACGCAAACCCAGACACACAACCACCAACUGAGGCUCAAGAAGCAAGCACUGAACAUCAACCCGAAGCUCAAGAAGCAAUCACCGAACAUCAACCCGAAGCUCAAGAAGCAAGCACAGAUAAACCUGAAGCUCAAGAAGCAAGCACAGAUAAACCUGAAGCUCAAGAAGCAAGCACAGAUAAACCUGAAGCUCAAGAAGCAAGCACAGAUAAACCUGAAGCUCAAGAAGCAAGAACCGAAUAUCAAUCCGAAGCUUUAGAAGCAAGCACAGAUAAACCUGAAGCUCUAGAAUCAAGCACUGAACAUCAUCCUGAAGCUCAAGAAGCAAACACAGAACAACCUGAAGCUCGAGAAGCAAACACAGAUCAGCCUGAAGCUCAGGAAGCAAGCACAGGUAAACCUGAAGCUCAGGAAGCAAGCACAGGUGAGCCUGAAGCUCAAGAAGCAAGCACAGGUGAACCUGAAGCUCAGGAAGCAAGCACAGGUGAACCUGAAGCUCAGGAAGCAAGCACAGGUGAACCUGAAGCUCAAGAAGCAAGCACAGGUGAACCUGAAGCUCAGGAAGCAAGCACAGGUGAACCUGAAGCUCAAGAAGCAAGCACAGGUGAACCUGAAGCUCAAGAAGCAAGUACAGGUGAACCUGAAGCUCAGGAAGCAAGCACAGGUGAACCUGAAGCUCAGGAAGCAAGCACAGGUGAACCUGAAGCUCAGGAAGCAAGCACAGGUGAACCUGAAGCUCAGGAAGCAAGCACAGGUGAACCUGAAGCUCAAGAAGCAAGCACAGGUGAACCUGAAGCUCAAGAAGCAAGCACAGGUGAACCUGAAGCUCAGGAAGCAAGCACAGGUGAACCUGAAGCUCAGGAAGCAAGCACAGGUGAACCUGAAGCUCAGGAAGCAAGCACAGGUGAACCUGAAGCUCAAGAAGCAAGCACAGGUGAACCUGAAGCUCAGGAAGCAAGCACAGGUGAACCUGAAGCUCAGGAAGCAAACACAGAACUUCCAACUAAGGGUCGACAUGAGACAGAUCUUCUAACUGAAGAAGCAGAGACACACUCUCUACCUGAAGCUGUAGAAGCAAAUAGAGAAACUCUAUCCGAAGCUCUACAAGCAGUUACACAAUCUCCAGUUGAAGCUGUAGAAACAGACACAGAAAUUCUUCCUGAAGCGUCCGUUGCUGAGACAGGGUCAUCUACUAUUACUACGGGGCCUGCAACAGCCAAUAAUUCUUCGCUGCCCGAAAAUACAUUAGAUGCCGAUACUGCAGCCUCCGAGGACGCAGUGGUUAGAGUUGCGGUGCCUGAAGCUCUUGUUUCAUUAAAUACCAAAUCCGAGAGUGUUUCCUUAACUGACGAGCAAACCACUGAAGAAGCACCAGUGGUUGAAGCCACUGUUGAAGACACGAAAGCACCAAGUGUAGCUGAAAGUGUACAAACUAAUGUGGAAGCUAUUGAAGCUGCGACUAGUAUACCUGAAGAAAGGGAAGCUGUAACUAGUGCACCUGUACAUGAAGAAGCUAAUAAAGCUGAGACUGAUGCACCUAUAGAUGAAGCUAAUGAAGCUGUUACUGGUGCACCUGUAGAUGAAGCUAAUGAAGCCGUUACUGGUGCACCUGUAGAUGGUGAAGCUAAUGAAGCUGUUACUGGUGCACCUGUAGAUGAAGCUAAUGAAUCUGUUACUGAUGCACGUGUAGACGUGGAAGCUAAUCAAGCUGUGACUGAUGCCUCUGCAGAUGGAGAAGGUAACGAAGGUGUUGUGGCAGAAGCGGAAACAUUGGUGGUAAAGUCUGAAGAGUCACAGGAUGUCAAAGAAAAUGUACAACCCAGUCCAAUUAAUGUAAGUGAUGUAAGAGACACACAAACACUGCCAGAAAGUGUUGAUUCUCAGUCUGAAAAUAAACAAACUGAAGACAUAGAAAUAACAACGAGCUCCUUAAUAACGCCUGAUGAAGGCAAACUUGUCAGUAGAAAAGCUGGGUCAGUACAGGUCAGCAUUAAUGGAGAGGCGUUCCAUAACCUCGCCGCGAUUCAAGAAGCACUCCCAGUAAAGGAAGACGGCGACUUCACUGAUACAUCUAAACAAAUAUCAAAUCAAGAUGGAGACACAGUUGAAAAGGAAUUAGAGAAAGUGGCAGAGAAAUAUGGGCUAAGGCCUGUGGAACAGCACUCUUUGUCUGAUACUGCCGCUCAUACAGAAGAUAAAGGAAAACAAAGUCUUGCAGAUCGUGUCGCACGUCUUGUUCGCAGUUUUCUUUAAAAGUUCAACUACAUUAAAAUGAUAUUUUUUUAUCAUUGCUAAACAUGAGUAAAAUGCAGAGGUAUAUUUUGAUUCGUUAAAAAAUCCUUCAAAAUUAGUUUUAAAAUUAAAAAAAAAAUGUCUAAUUGAAGAUUGUAUAGAAGUUCAUGAAAGCAGUAGAGUGAGCAAGAUUUAAAAGAUAUUAAUACGUCCUACAAAUUUGCUGAAAAUACAUAUAAAACGUAAAAUGUUAAAACAUAAAUGUUCGUAUCACUGUAUACACGAUGCUACUUUAUUUUAUAGUAAGAGCUUAAAACCACACCCGGGUUUCCGGAUACACAUGGAGAUUUAAGACACUGAUGUACACAAUGAUCCACGGAUCUCCGGGGUACAUUGGCCAGGGCAUUGUUGCAGAGCUUGUGUUAGGAAUCUGGGUUCACCUGGCUUACACCACUCCAGUUCAGUAUUGAGGCAUACAUAUGAAGGUCAUGAAAUGCAAGUAAACGAGCUUGUUCAGUUUAUGGCGACAGUUUAACCCGGAUAGCUCAACACUGAUGCCGAGCAAGUGUUGAUUACAUUUUAUUUCCCGAAUAUUAAUAACCUGUCCAAGUCACCUGUAUAUAACAUAGUUUCACACCUGUUGUGUGUAAGCCAAGAUGGUGAAAUAUCCCAGUGAUUUUUCAUUAUAACUGUUUUCCUAUUUAUUACAAUCAUUAGCAUUAUGUGUACUUUGCGUCCUUCGCGAAUGCGCAUAUACCGGAAUAACAAGACUCAACGGACAAAAUAUGUAUUGUUCUCAUGUAUUUAUCCUCCAUUAGUGACUGCUGAAUGGCAUGAUUUUCAUGUUCUCAGUUCACUUGAUCCUAUAUUUGGAUUUUCGCUACAUUAAUAAAAGUUCAAUGAAAAUAUGACCAGUUAAAUUCCGGUAUAUACGCAAUAUAGCAUUAAGGUUGGUUUCUUGUAAUAUUCAAUAUUAAAUUUUAUUCCAAGUG